AUGGUUUUUAGGAAGUACUCGGCGAACUUGAAUUAUUCAGCGAUAUCAACAGAAAACUCGAAUCAAGGAGAUGGUCUCUAUUUUGGUUCGACGAUGUCUACCGAAAACUCGAAUCAAGAAGAUGGUUUCAAUUUGGGCUCGCGUUUUGUCGAUCCUCUCGAUGCAUUGUCCGAUCGCGUUCGGCGCGUGGCCUUACUCCAAUUAGGCUUCCAGACUUGGAAAUUCGUGUCUAACUACUGGUUGAUGGCCAAUAAGGAAGCUGAAAUGGGUAGGGGAAAAUUGGUUGUUGGCUAUGCGUGGCGCAAAUGGAGAUCUAGAUUUGGGAAACGACAAAGAGAAGUUCGAAUGGUUGAUGGUGUCGCGAAAACCAGGUCCAAGUCUGCAAUUUUAAUUCGGUGGAGAGCAGCCACGGUUGAAAAACAGAGACUCAGACGGAAAACGCAUGAAAACCGAGCUAUUAGCCAAAUUCAGGACCUGAUGAACAGAGAUCUAUCAAUUCAAACUCUGAGUAAAUGGACACUCUUAACUAAGCUCUCGAUCACCCAAAAGCGUAGAGACAGCAACCUAAAGAGUUUCAUUAUCAACAAAUGGAUUGAUCGAUUCUCCAGCAUCUGUCGAAUUACCAACCUCGCAGAUAGGUUUCACGGAAACGUGAAGGUCAACAACACACUAAGAAGGACAAUUGCUCAAUGGAGAUGGAAAACCAACUUGGCACUCAAAGAAUUCCACAUUGUUCAAACCUCCGACCACAAUUUUCAAGUCGCAGCUUUGGCUCAAUGGCGUCAAUUGGCGAUUUCAUACCGGAUGGCCCACAAUUUUUGGGCAAGAUCAACUCAAAGAACAUGGAUCGGAGUGUGGAUCCAUCGAAGAUACCGGCUAAAGAAAAUGAACCGAAAGGCCAAUCGAGUCAUUGCCGUGAGGAAUCAUAAUUUGAUCGGCAAGAUGAUGAAUCUGUGGAUGAUUCAGGAAAGGGGACGGCUGUUAGGAAGAGUUUUGUUGACCAGAUUCCUCAAAAAUGCCUUCGACUCCUGGCUGACUCGGUUCAACAGAAUCAGGCAUUACUUGGCCGCCAAGCAGCAAGUCUUUCAGAACAAGGUGGUACACCGCCUAAAAGCCAAGACUUUGAAGGCAUGGGGAAAUUCAUACUUGCAAAAGUCGGUUCAGUUAACCGGCCAUGCAGUCGACAGAUAUCGGAUCAGUCUAGUGGCUCGACAUCUGAAUCGAUGGAUGAUUGUGUUUUCAAGGAUUCAAGACCGUGAUAGGAGAACGUACACCACUUGGAGAAUGGAACGCUUAAAACGGGUUUGGAUGAUCUGGUCAGCGCGUCUUCGACGCCUGAGGAUGUACAGGCUUAUCCGAUCCAGAAAAUGUCGGAUGCUGAAGAGGCGAUUUAAUGAUUGGGUGACCCUCACACGGGAAAGAAAAGAAGAUCAGAAACUGUGUAUUAUCCUUGAAAGCAGAGUCAACCCGAGUCGAAAGCUAUGGGCUUUCAGGAUUUGGGCCAAGCGAGUCAUUGUUCUAAAAGAACGUGCUCUGGAAGUCGACCGAAGUUAUGCGAAGCGUGCUUUAAGUAUCCAUUUCGAAGUUUGGACCGCUCGUAUUUUGGAUAUCCGCCACUUGGAUGAAUUAGCAAAUGGGUUUUCCAAGAUUCAAAAUAUUGAAUUACGCAGCCGACUGCUGGACUUUUGGAGGACAAGAGCGUCUGAUUCUCGGAGAAGAGCCGCAAUCUUGGCAGCAUGGGACCAGUCUCAAGCCAAAGACAUCGUCAGAUUGACGUGGAUUCAUUGGUCAGAUAAAUAUAUUGAACAAAGCUUGAGGUUUCAUGAAAACCAAACCCGAGAAAUGGUUGAUGAUCGAUUAAGGGAGCAAUCCCUCCAAGUCUGGCUCACAAACUCCCAGGCACUACCAGCCUUGCGCUUCGACCGUCAACGAUUGAAAGUCCAGUGUCUCAAACAUUGGUCUAAGCUUACUGAAGUUAGGCGCCUUCGUCGGAUGGCCGUCUCGCGAGACCGAAAAGUCGUACUUUGUGAGGGGUUUAAGGUCUGGUGGGGCAAGUGCGCUGCGAUCAAGGCGUCGCGUAUCGUCAGUCGAUUUAGUCGUCCAUCCGCGUUCUCGGGUGGAAACAGACAACGCACUCGAAGUAGUCACCAGCUACCAGAACUGUCACGUCGGAACCUGACCGAGUUACUUUCCAAUCCAUCCGCUCGGCCAAUGAGCACCCCCGGUCGUCGAUUUAUUGACGUUCCAGUCCCGGCGGCCAGACGCGUGAGAGAUGCCCCGCAGAUGUAUGAUUCGACGACCAGUGGGGAAGAGAGUGUAACGGUAUCUCAAAAUGGUCAGGUUGACCAGCAUACUCCGCGGAUGUUUACGGGCAGGCCAGAUGGACAAUCAGAGCGAGGUGAAGGGCACGAAUCAGGCACAAUGUCCACAGAAAAUAGUCACCAUAAUGAUGAAGAGACAGGAGACACGGAGCAACAGGAACAGCAGCUGGAGACAGAAGAAGAGGAGCCAGGGGAGGAAGAGGAAUACGAAGAGGAUCGGACAAUCCUCGGUGACGCUAGUGAGAUGGUCGUAGUGGAGGAACCGAGUACUACCGAAACAGACGCAGGAACCGAAGCAGAGGUAGAUCGAAUGAUCCUAAGCAGACUCGUCCCCCGCAGAGUCGGUCCAAUGGCUACUCGUACAUCAAUAGCCCGAGAAUCAGACUCAAAUGCUGAGUCCGUUGACAGUCGGUUCCCUACUAGUUUAUCCAGGAUAAACAACUAUCGACAUCUUAACAAUCCCGCUUCUUCCGCUCCAUCUCGGUCCAGACAAAAUCAGAUCUUGAUUGGGCUGAGGAAUCUAGAUCCCCGAAGAACUCAAGAUAACGAUGCUCUCAUUAAGAAAUCCGGCCUGUAA